AGGGUUUCAGAAUCUCGAACCCAAAUUUCUCCGCUCAUUUCGACUUCCAUCCAAAAUCGUCUCAUUUUCAAUUCCGGGUUUACUUGGAAUCUUUCCCACUUCAUCUCCGAAGCUUGAGAUUUGUUAAGUGUCAGAGACAAAUUGGCUCUCAACAAUUUGUAAGUUCAUUUUUCAGACUUGUCAAAUUUCAAAACUCAUGUCUAAAUUUCUACGCAAAACUGUUUUAUUUGAAAGUUGUUAUGUGAGAACUCAACCAGGAACUAGUAAUCUGGGUUUUCUUCGAAACCCAGAUUUUUUCUCUCUAAGAUGGUUCUCAAUUAGCUCAAAUCAACACUCUUUUACUGUCUCUUACCUCGUAAACGAACUUGGGUUGUCUUCAAAAGCCGCUUUAUCAGCUUCCAAGCUUAUUAAUUUUGAGAAUCCUGAGAAACCAGAAAAAGUCAUAAACUUGUUUAAGAAGUAUGGUUUCUCUCAGACCCAAAUCUCAAGCCUUAUCAGACGAAGGCCUUCCAUUCUUGUUGCAGACACAGAGAAAGUUAUUUUGCCCAAGUUGGAAUUUUUUGAUGCCAAAGGUGUUUCAUGGCCUCAAUUUGCCAUAAGACUAUCUCAAUUCCCUACUAUUUUGGGAAGGAGCUUAAACAGACAGAUUAUUCCCACAUAUGAGUUUCUUAGGAAUUUUCUGCAAUCUGAUGAGAAGGCCAUUGCGGCUGUCGAAAGGCAUCCGGAUGUACUUUUAGUAAAUGUUGAGAAAUGUUUUGGCCCUAACAUUGAUAUUCUGCGAGAACAAGGAGUUCCUAACUCCAAUAUAGCUAAACUGAUCCCGAGACAGCCACAUUCUUUCUCAUUAGGUUCGGAUCGGUUUCGAGAGGUUGUUGAGGAGGUGGUGCAAAUGGGGUUCAAUGCAGAGAGGAUAAAUUUUGUUUAUGCGGUUCUUAUACUUUCUGGUUUCAGCAAAUCAAAGCGGGAAAGUAAGGUUAAUGCAUAUAAGAAGUGGGGUUGGUCUGAUGAAGAGGUUUUAAAAGCCUUUCAAACCUAUCCUUGGUUCAUGAAGGUGUCUGAAGAUAAGCUUAUGGCAUGUAUUGAUUUCUUCAUCAACCGAAUGGGUUGGAGACCCUGCCAUUUGGCUAAAUUCCCAGCAAUCUUUACAGUGAGUUUAAAGAAGAGAGUAGUCCCGAGGUGUUUGGUUUUUCAAGUUUUGUUGUCGAAAGGUUUGGUGGAGAAGGAUGCUAACCUGAAUUCAUUAUUGAUGGCUUCAGAGAAGAGUUUCUUGCAGAGGUUUGUCACGCCUUACAAGGACGACGCUCCAAAACUGUUGAAGUUGUACAACGAAAAAUUGGAUAUUUCGAAUGGACCACAUAUGGAUGAUUAGAUAUGUCAAAAAGUAUUUUACCAAGUGUGUGGCAAAGGUGAUUUUUGACAUGUCCAUAUCAUGUGCUGAUGGAAACCUUUUGGUUUUCAACUUCAUCGAAUUGAGAAUCUAUUCAAGUGAGCCUGGACUAAUUACGCUUUAUUUUGAUCUAAAACGAAAAAAGAAAAGUUUUAGCAUCACCACCUUGUUCAUUUCCAUUUGUGAGUUCGCAUCUCACUGCUAACCGUGAUGGAUGGUUACAGCAUUCACAAAAACAUUCAUCCUUUUCACGUUCUUGGCUUUCUUUUAAGUGUGAUGGUUGACCUUCCUCGCGUUGAGGUCCAAGGCCGGAGCUUUUGAUUGCAUUUUAUGUGCAAAUCAAUCUUGUAGUCUUAGGAAAAUAGGGGGAAAAAAAAAGAUUGUAAUGGAGAAGUAGAAACUUGAAUGAAAAAUUCUAUUAAAUGAUUUAAUUUACAUGCUCCUUGAAUAGAUUGCACUCUGAAUUAAAAUUUAAG